AUGGAUUAAGAUUCAAAAUUGAGCUAAUUCAUUUCUCCUAGAUAGAAUGCUUUACAAAUAUAAGAUUAGGAUGAAACACAAAAAGUGAAUGAAUCUUAAUAAAAAAUGAUUUUUAAAAGUAAAAUACAGAAAUUCAGAACUGAAGACUUCUCAUUAAGAAAAAAACUAUAAAACUAGAGUCUGUUUGGAAAAAUGAAAGUAUUAUGUAAAGGGAUGCAAUAAUAUAUUUACAUAUUAUUAGAAGAUCCUAACUCUUCUUUAAUAGCUUAUUGUUUGCAAUUCCUAUUACUAACUAGUAUAUUGUUGUCAUGUGUUGCAAUUAUUGUAGAUUCAUUAAUGGAAAACAGUAUGAUAUUUAAUAAUAAAAUAGAAAGUAAUUCUCAAUAUGACGACAUUUCAUUUUAUUUAGAAUAUUAUCUAUUCAUUUUCUUUGGUUUAGAAUAUUUAUUGAGAAUGUUUAGUUCAACUGCUUUUGAUUCUAAAUUAGUCAAAUUUAUUUUUUCUCCUUUAAAUUUAAUAGAUUUACUUGCAAUAAUGCCUUUUUUAUUUAAUCUCAUUUUUGAAGGUGCUAGUCUAUCUGGAUUAAGAGUAAUUAGAAUUAUCCGAUUUAUGAGAGUGUUUAGAUUAUUUAAACUUUCAAGAUUUAUGAAGGAUAUGUUAAUGAUUGUAAAUAUAUGAAUCACUUAAAAAGGCAGAUACAGUAAAGCAUUCAGCCAAAGACAUAAUAAUAUUGAUUACAAUGUUCUUUUUUUUGGUUUUAUUUUUCUCCAUUGUAAUGUAUUAUUUGGAAUAUGAUGAUAACCAAAUAAUUGAAGAUGAAUAAAAAAUCCAUUCAAUUACUGAAGCUGUUUGGUGGUGUAUAGCAACAAUGACUACAGUUGGAUAUGGUGAUAAAGUACCUUUGAGUGUUCCAGGAAAAUUUAUAGCUUGUAUAGCAGCCUUUCUUGGAAUUACAUCUAUUUCAUUGUAUAUAAUAAAAAUUAAAAUAGACCUGUUGCUGUUAUGGGAAUGAAUUUGACUUAAACAUUAAAAGAACACGAAGAAAAUAUAGAAAUUUAAAAAUUGAAGGAUUAAUUUGUAAUGGAAAAUGAUACAGAAUUUAUUAAUAAUAAAAGAGAAUAAACACAAUUAAAUAUUAAAGAAUUGAAAUUUAUGGAAAGAAGAUUAGAAUAAUUAUUAGAAAAUAAUUAGAAAGUAAUGGAUUAUGUUGAAUAAUCUCAAUAAUUAUUUGAUGAAGUAACUUAAGAUCUAAUGAGUUUAUAUUCAGCCUUGACUGAAUAAUUAGAUCUCCAUAUAGAGACAAAAAUGAAGAAUUUGAAAGCUAGACAUCGUGUAAUUUUUAUAUAGUAUUUAUUUUAGAUAAUGAAAAUGGAAAAGAAUCUUAAUCAAAAGAAAUCAAUAGAAUUGAGUUAAAUAGUAUCAGCAUUUAAAGAAAAAUAGAAAUUGAUAUCUUAAGGUUCUAUUCUAAUGUGUGAAGAAAGUUAAGCUGAUGUCUUUAGUAUUGCAAGUAGAUAAAGCAAAUAAUAUACUGCAAGAAAGAGUUAAAAAUUAAGAAGUAAAAAUAAUAGAGGCUCUUAUAUGUGUGUUAUUAAUAAUAGCAAUCAUAAUCCAUUUAAAACUUAAACAGAUUAUAAUGAUCCAGAUCCUCAUUAGAAUAGUAUUAUCUAUGCUUAAGUCAGUUCAAGAAAUUCCGCAUUUAAUUAAGAUAUGUUAUAAAAUAUAGGUGGAAAUGCUGAAUUUAAAUUCAAUCUUGAAGAAUCAAGUGGUAAUAUUGAUGAAGAUGAUGAUAAUGGAGUUGAUCUAAGCAGUAAAAUGUAAAGUAUCUCAAACAUUUAAGACUUUAAAUUGAAAAAUAGUAUUAAAAAUAAUAAUUUAUGA